AUGGAGGCACCCCAAGUUACUUUACUGGGAAGCUCCCUCCUGGUACCUAGCGUCCAGGAGUUAGCCAAAGAUCCCAUGAACACACUCCCACCCAGGUACGUCCAUCCAGGCCAAGAGCCUCCAAGCAACCCUACUUCCACUUCAGCUCCCAUCGUCCAGGACCUCCCUGUUAUCGACAUGCAAGCCUUAUUUUCUGCUGAAUCCAUGGACUCCGAAUUGGCCAGGUUAGAUACUGCUUGCAGAGAUUGGGGUUUCUUUCAGUUUGUAAACCAUGGAGUAAGCUCCUCAUUAUUGGAAAAGUUAAAGUCAAAGAUCCAUGAAUUCUUCAAUCUCCCCAUGGAAGAGAAGAAGAAACUUUGGCAGAAACCAGGCGAUAUGGAGGGAUUUGGGCAGGGCUUCGUGGUAUCAGAGGAUCAGAAACUUGAUUGGGCAGACCAAUUUUUCAUAAUAAGCCUCCCUACCCAUCUAAGGAAGCCCCACCUGUUUCCUAAGCUCCCUCUACCUUUCAGAGAGACCUUGAAUGCUUACACGUUGGAGAUGAAUAAGCUUGCCAUGAAUAUCUUACUGCAAAUGACUAAAUCUCUGAAGAUGAAGGGCGAGGAGAUGAAUGAGUUCUUUGAGGAUGGGAUGCAAGGAAUUAGAAUUAAUUUCUAUCCUCAAUGUCCUCAACCAGAGCUAGCCAUUGGUCUUACACCCCAUUCAGAUGCCGGGGGCCUAACUCUUCUCCUUCAAGUAAAUGAAACGGAUGGCCUCGAGAUCAACAAACAAGGGACAUGGAUUCCAGUUAAACCCCUUCCGAAUGCUUUCAUAGUCAAUAUUGCAGACUGUUUGGAGAUUGCAACAAAUGGGGCAUAUCGCAGCAUUUUGCAUCGGGCAACAGUGAACUCAGUGAAAGAGAGGCUCACAAUCGCCACAUUCCACGGCCCAAAACUUGAUGGAGAGAUAGGUCCUGCAGCAAGCCUAAUCGGCCCAAAUGCACCAGCAUUAUUCAGCAGAAUUGCAGUCAAGGAAUAUUUCAAACGCUUCUUUUCUCGACAACUCGAUGGAAAAUCAAACCUUGAGCUUAUGAGAACUCACAAUGGCAAAGACAACGAUGCUUGAAUUUCCUGUCAAAUAUGAAGAUCGAUCACUAGAAAGAUAAAGUAAAAGAAGUAAUAAAUGGGAAUCAUGACUGUGGUAGGAAACUCAUAAUCUCUUUUGUGGUUUAAUUUCCAUGGCAAGCUGGAGUGGCUUAUGGCAUUUGUAGUUGGAUGUUUGUUAUGGUUUU